GUAUAAAGAGUCUGAAGGUGCCGGCUUCCCACUCCUCGCUGGGCAGCAGUUGGUAACCUCCUGGGUGUGCGGUGUCCCCUGAGCUGGGCCGUGGCGCUGGCCCCUCUGCCUGCGACAGCCCCUCUGCCCUGCCCUCCAACUCCCCCACCCCCCUCCUUAAAGCACCUCGACUCCCUGCAGUCCCCCGCCCUUCGCAGCCCCUCCGCGCUUCCCGGCCCCGCCCCUUGCUCCCGUGCAGGCCCCCACCCCCAACUCUCCUGCCACCCUGCCCGCCCUUGCAUACCCCGCCCCAGUCCCCCUGCAGACUCCGAUCCGCUCCCCGGACGCCGCAGCCCCGCUGGCCCGGAUGGACAGGGAGACGCGCUUGUUCGCCGAGAGCCACUUCCGAGGCCUCCGGGGGCGCCUCCCCGGCGGGGUCUGCCCGACCCUGGACUGCGUGGACUUCAUCGAAAAUCCGGACUCCUUUUCCUACGCCGACUUCUUCAAGGGCUACCUGCUUCCCAACGUGCCCUGUGUUUUCUCCAGCGCCUUCACUGAGACGUGGGGCAGCCGGAGGCACUGGGUGACCCCCAGCGGAAAGCCGAACUUCGACUAUCUGCUGCGGAACUACGGAGAUGUGCUUGUGCCUGUCGCCAACUGCGGGGUCCGUGAAUACAACUCGAACCCCAAGGAAUACAUGCCUCUCAGAGAGUAUAUCAACUACUGGAAAGAGUACAUCCGUGGAGAUAACUCCUCCCCACGGGGCUGUCUCUACCUCAAAGACUGGCACUUGUGCAGCUUCUUAGCACAGAGCUGGCCAGGUAGACAGUGGAUCCGGUGUGAGCAGACCCUGGUCCUGGCCCUCAGGGACUCCUGUUCCAGCAGUGGAGACAGAUGCACAGGUCCAGAUGCUCAUUCACAGGGGGUUGGGCUCCCCAUAAGCAUCAGGGAUUCCUCGGCCAAGGGCUUGUUUACCCUGCCUGUGUAUUUCUCAUCAGACUGGCUCAAUGAGUACUGGGAUGCCUUGGGCGUGGACGACUACCGCUUCAUCUACAUGGGGCCCACCGGCACCUGGUCCCCAUUCCACGCCGACAUCUUCCGCUCCUUCAGCUGGUCUGUCAACAUCUGUGGGAGGAAAAAGUGGUUCUUCUUCCCGCCCGGGCAGGAGGAAGCCCUGCGGGAUGGCCACGGUGGUCUGCCGUACGAUGUCACCUCCCCCGGCAUCCUCAACAGCUGCCCCUGUCCCCUGCCGCUGGAAGUCACUCAGGAGGCUGGCGAGAUGGUGUUUGUGCCCAGCGGAUGGCACCAUCAGGUGCACAACCUGCAGGAGCUCUGUGCCGUGCAGCAGGAGGUUGGCCAGUGGAGGGACACCAUGCCUGACUGGCAUCACCACUGCCAGGUCAUCAUGAGGUCUUGCUCUGGCAUCAACUUCGGAGAAUUUUACCACUUCUUGAAGGUCAUCGCUGAAAGGAGGCUCCUCAUCCUGGCGAAAGGCAGGGGCCCUGAGGUGGAGGGUGGUGAGGACUCAGGACCAGGCCCCCAGCAGGCUGCUUUUGAUGUCAGCCGGAUUGCUGAGGUGUUGGCUUCUGUGGUGGCGCACCCCGACUUCCAAAAAGUGGACACCUGUGUGUUCUCCCCACGGCCUGAGGAGCUCCUGCAGCAGCUGGAGGAGGGUGUAGUCGCCACUGCAUCUCUGUAGCGCAAGAAUCAGGCAGGACACCACUCAACAGGACCUAUAAGGCGCAGCAUGAAGAUGGUCACCUGCUCCAGGGGCCCCUCUGGAAAUAACACUCUAUCCAUCCUCCAGGGGCCGUGACUUCCCAGGCAUGGCUCCUGCUCUGAUGGAUCUUCUGUCAUCCUGGCUGUCCCCAGGACCCUGUGCCUAUCUUGGGGUGCCAGCUCCUUGUCUAGAUGCCCAGCCAGGAUUAGUAGCUUGGCCCUUGUGCAGACAGGCAGGAGGUGUUGGUAAGUUGGACCCAUAUCACGGAAGCCAAGAGCUUGGAAUUGGGUGGGAACAGUGUGUGGCUGCGUCUUCUUGGUCCCCAGACUUCUCAGCAGAGGCCUGCACCAGGCCCAUGGGCCUCAUCCAUGUAUGCAGGGUCCACGGUACAGGGUGCAAACGCAGGCUGACCAUCUGUCCCAUGUUGGACCACUUCCAGGAGUACCCUCCUUCCCUCUGGAGCCAGUUGUCCAUAGUUGGCACAGCCCCGGUUCACUGCAUUGCACAAGUGCCACUUGCUGGCAGUGGGUGAGCCAGCUGAGCGCCAGAGCUUCCUCUCCUACUUCAGCACCACCCUGCCCCUUCCAGGCUGCUACCACCUGUGUCUCAGUGAGGGGAGGGCCCUGCACCCCUGGUCUGCACCACCCAGCCCACACUCGCCAUCCAAACUCGCUGAGCAAGGCGAGUCUGCCAAAGCCAUGCUUUGAGUGAAGUCACAGGUUCUGCCCUCCCAGCUUAUAAACCUUGUGCCAGACCAAAGCCAGUCCUCAUGGGCCAUGGUCCCAUUUUCUCUGCACACUCUUCAGCCCCCUCUGGUUUCCACUGCUCAUGCACCUCUAUGCAACUCAGCCCUUGGCAUUGAGUUCCCCAGAGAUCCCCAGAGAUCGGACACAUGGAGAAAGAUGGGGGUUCCGGCAACUGGGGAGUCUGUUGGGUCAGGCCAGGCUGGACCCAGGGGCAAGUGGGUCUGGUCUCAGGUCUAGAGAUGAACCAGGCAGGGUUCCAUGCUCCAGUCUGGAGGCAGAACUGCUUUGGAAACAGUCCUUGCUUACAGCAUUCACCUGAUCACAUGAGGCCCACCCACACCACUGAGGUCAGUGAGAACAUCACCUGAAAAUGCCUCACAGCAGCGUCCAGCCCAGCACUCAGCAGCAUCCAUUGCAGCACUCAGCAGAGCAGCUGGGCCCAGCCAAGUAGUCACUAAGCCAGUCACCCCCAGCAGCCUCCGUGUCCUCUGGCCCUCCGCACUGUCUCUGGGCACAGGCAGCAUGCAGUCCCACCCCUCCCUUUGCACUCCAGUGCUCUCCAGCCGACAGCUGCCCUCACAGUCUUACUAUUUGACAGCUGUGCCCCCUCCGUUCCCCGAGGUUGUCACUAGUGUGAUUGAGCUGCUCUGCACACUCACUGGGUUAUUUGGCCACCACACUGCACACUCUCUACUACCAGUUCCCGCUGCACACCCACCCUGCCAUGUUCCUUACAAGCUCGUGUCAUUCAGAAGCCAGUGUCCACGUUGCACAUUUUGCACCCAUUAUCUGCCAUUCAGGGUUACCUUUUGCACACUAGCUGCAUGUGUUUUGCUCCCAUCUCCAGUGUGCAUUCCUGUGGCACUUCACAUUUGCUGCUCCUGGGCUCACCACCACCUGCUGUGAGCUGUGCACUGUGCACAAGCGUUUGGGUGCAUGCUCACUGCUUGGGUCACCAGGCACUCAGGCCUUCUCCACCCUGCUCCUAACCUCCCUUCAGCAAACCCCUGGGCAGCCAGUGCUCUCACACUUAUUGAGCAGACAGCCCCCAUGCACACUGUCCAGCCCGCUAGGAUUCUUUGCACACAAACUGCACUAUGGUAACCUGCUAAGCCGGCAGUAUUGCUCCUCCCCAGUUCCUGGCCCACCUGCUUGCAGUUGGCAGUUCUGCACAACCACCAGACCUGGCAGAAGUGGCUCAGCCAUCAGGCAGGGGGAUAGCCCUGAAGUGCCCCAGGUGGCUCGGGCUCUUGCCUCUCAGGACUGUGUGUUGGGGAUGAUGUGGACACUGGCUAGCUGCAUACCAUGUUGGGGAGCCUAGGAGGCAUGUUUUCCUCCGGGUUAGAGACACUCCAGGAUGUGUGCACAGCUGUGCCAGCUGCCUGUGGACUGGCAGUCCUAGUGACAGCUGCCUCCCCUGCUCCCAGGCUGCAUCUCCAAACCCUCCCCAUGGACAAGGGUCUCACCCCAUGAUCAGUGAAUAUUCAUCAGGCCCCAGCCAGAGAAGAAAGUAUCUGGCAGAGCUGGGUCCAGUGGGGGCAUUGCGGGGUGGACGGGUUCACCAGCCUUCAGAGGGGAGCUGGGAGUCCAGUUCACAGGCAGCAGGAAUGCUGUGGGACGAGGCUGGCUGCAGCCCUUGGUGCAUCAGAAGUGUUCCUUAACAGGAGCCCAUCAGAAAGAGGUCAGAGGUGGGGUCCCAGAGGAGCCGGGUCUGGAGGGUGGUUGAAGUGACAAAGCCCUGCCCGUCCUUAGGUCCUUUGCCUCUUGCAUUGUAUUUUCUUAUCUUUUAAAAAAUUUUGCACCCAUUAUCUGCCAUUCAGGGUUACCUUUUGCACACUAGCUGCAUGUGUUUUGCUCCCGUCUCCAGUGUGCAUUCCUGUGGCACUUCACAUUUGCUGCUCCUGGGCUCACCACCACCUGCUGUGAGCUGUGCACUGUGCACAAGCGUUUGGGUGUAUUUCAAAACGGUGUAUUUCAAACUGGUGGGAUGCCAGAGUUCGACCUUGAAACUGUAAUUUCCUGGUGGGUGAUCAAAAGCUGCCCAAGCAACAGAAGCAGAAAGCGUUUCAUCUCCACAGUGCAGAACGGCAGCCACUGUCCUGGGGCAGGAAAUGGACCUGGCAGGUGCUGUUUUUAGACACCCAGUUUCGGUGUGGUGGUUGCCUCACCUUGUGAACUCUGGUUGCUCUGCCCCCACCACCCAGGUCCUUGAAAUGGAAAUGGACAUGUCCUCUGAGGAAGAGGGCGUGGGGUUCUUCCAAAGCCAGGGAGGGGCUGCUCUUCUCCAUUCUCCACCUAAAAUGAGCUAGUGAACUUCAAGGCAUUUUGAUGGAGAAGCGCCUGUCUCAUUUGAACCCGGGAAAUGAAGGAACAGAACCAAAUGCCCAGGCUAUAGUGGAAACGGUGUUGUAGUGUAAUACUCAAGUGAUUUUUCUGUUUGCUAUUUACAGCAAAUGGUCCAAUGAGUAAACUUGUUUUACCUUUGUACACAAAUUCUAGCUUCCUCCGACUUCUGGAAUACCCCCUUCCUGCUCCCCUACCUCCUGUGGUCUCAGAAGCCCUGGUGCCUGGUACUCAGGGGAGCUCAGCAGCCCCUCCUCACCUGCUGGAGGGUGAUGUGGGAGGGGAUCUCUCUUCUUCCUGGGAAUGGGGGUCAGGCUCUUGGUCCUGAGGGGGCCCCACUGGUGGAAUCUGAGAAAGACUGGCUUGGGGGAGGCAGGGCCAUGACCCUUGAGAGGGUUGGGCAGGUGCUCUGGGCAUGAGGUUGGACGCAGCAGGUGAGUGCUCUGAGGCGUCCUGUGCAGAAGACAGUGCCCGGCAGUGGGCAGGGCCCCUUGGCUACUUCAGCCAGCUGUCUGGGUCCCAGCCAGCAGAAGGCACCCCUGGCACAGGUCUGGAGACUGCAGGCCGGCCUGCCAGGCUCCAGGAGACAGCCCCUGCCUGAGGAGAUGGGCCUGAGGCUGGCUGUUGCCUGGGGUUAGAGGAUGGGGACCCAGGGUCUGGCAGGGUCUGGGGGAAGGGAGUGACUGCUCAGUGGGUCAGGGUUAAUGUGUAAGGUGAUGAAAUGUUUGGAAACUAGCUUGUGGUGAUGGUGCACAGAGUGUGAGUGAGCCUAAUGCCAUGAAAUAAUACAAUGUAAAGUGGCCUAAAGGGUAAAUUUUAUUUCACAUGAAUCUUAAAAUCAAAGUGUGUAACUGAGAAUAUGAAAAACGACUAUAAAGGAAAGUGAAAGGUGAGAGGACGGCAGGCUCUGGUCAUGGAGCCGGGAUGGGGUGGCCCUGGUUCUGGUCUGGAGCUGGUGCAUGAGCUAUGGGUGCUGGCUCCAGCUCUGGCAGUACUUUGAGAGACUGUUCUAGAUCUGGUGCUGCCAUGGAGCUGGAGCUGGCUUUAGUGGUGUAUCUGUAUCCCUGGAGCUGGUGCCAGAGCUGAUGGUGCUGCCCUGACCCUGAUCCUGAAGCUGGUUUUACUUCUGGAAUUGGUGGCUGUGUUGGUGCUGGAGCUGGCACUGUAGCAGCUGUAACUCUGAAAUGGGCACUGUGUCUGCAUCUGAUGUGGCCCUGGAACUGCAGCUAGUGGUUCUGGUUCUGACCCGCUGCCAGCCCUAGCACUGGGGCUGCAGACAGCAGAGUGUUCCCCUCCUGGCCACCUUUCCAUGAGACUUUGUAAAGAUAGGGACACCCCACUGCUUUCAAAAGACCCCAAGCCCAAACCGACCACCAGAAGUGUUCUUAGGUCCAGUGGACGAGCAGGGAAGCUGUCCUCCUGUUCGUCUGGCCCAGCUCAGCACCUUCCUUGCAGCAGCUACCCACCCUCCUGACCUCUGGCUGUACUUCGGUGGGCCACAGAGCCCUAGUGGCUUCUGGUGGAGCCUGCAGGCUUGAGCCAGUCACCGAAGAUGUAUAUCUUCAAUAUCAUAAUAGGAAAGUGCCAAAGUGGACAAAUAUUGGGGGAACUGCCCAGCCAGGCAUGUACAGUUGAGGGCAAGGUUACGGUCCAGGCUAGGGUUAGGGGUUAGGGUCAGGGUAAGGGUUUCAUGUUUAGGGCUAGGGGUUAGGUUUAGGGUCAAGGGUUAGAUUAGGGGUUAGGGUUAGGGUUAGAGAAAACUACUCUGGGCUUCCAUCUCCUGUUUCUCCAAAUGUCUGUGACAACCAUGACUCUUCAUUCACUCUCACUCUUCUGACCUAGCAUAGGAGAGGGACAUAAUCUGCUUAAGUGCCUCCUUGUGCCUGGGGUGACAGGGACUUACUGGACUGCAGGGGGCUGGCUGGAAGGAGUACAGUGAAGUAUAUGUGUAGUUAAAAACAAAAAACUAAGCCGUUCUGAUCUGCUUGGCUUUACGUAUUUUUCAUUUUCAUUAUAUUGUGAAAACUUUGAGUUUUCACACUUAUCACCAGCUUUUGUUGUGUGCUUUUAUAUGCUUUCAUAUGUUAUCUUCCAACUGAUGAGUCAUUACAUGUCAGAACAGUGUGUUCAGUUAGCUACUCAGGAUUUGGAAACAAUACAUGUUUUGUUUAAGUCAUAAGGCCAGACAUCAAAACCUUGUAUUACCCAGAAUGUGCCAGAGGAAGACUGUUAGCAUUCUGUACGUUCUGGUCAUGAUGCAUGUUGUGUGCCUCUGUGCAACUGCAUUCUUAAUGUGGAGGGUGGGGGGGAGUUGAGGUGCCAGAAGCACCACUCCCUUGCUACAGCGGUGAGGUUCUCUCUUCCAUCAUACCUCUGGGCAAAGCUGUUCACUGCAGCAUAUUCAUUGUAAUUAAAGAUGAGGGGCUGCUAAAAUAAAGGUAGAAAACCCAUACGUACCGUAGUACAGCAGCAUACUGUGCUGUGGAGAGAAUGAGGUAGGUCUGUGGACUAGCAGAACACUGUCCAGGAUGCAGAGACCUGCAUACUCAGGUGGGCUCCUCCCCGCCUCCCCUGUCCCUGGAAGGAUGUACCAGUCAGGUGGCCUCUGGGGAAGGGAACUACUGAGGUACUAACAAGGGAGUCAGGCAGCAGAGGAAUUUUAUUUGCACUGUGCUCUCACUGGCACUGUUCACACUGUUUCUUACUACAUCCAUGUUAACAUCGCUUUUUAAAAAAUGCCACAUUUCCUCAGUCUUUUGUGCUGCUCUGGAAAGUAGGAUAGCAGUUCCUGUGAAGGUAGCAUUGCUUUGAAGUUCACACAACUUCCCUUGUACCUCUCUUCUCCCAUUCUUUAAUGUUGCAAAGAGUGACAAUGUAUUUGGUUUACAGCUUGGGACAGUGGUAGAAGGGAACACCAGCUUUGCAGUCAGAUCAGACCUGUAUCUACAGCUUAUAUGAUGUGGGGCAAGUUACUUAACCUUUCAGAAUCAUAAUUUUCUCAUUUAGGCUGUGGGAAUGAUAAUAUGUAUAGGUCAGUCUGUUGUGAAGUUUAAUGAAGAAAAUAUACUUAAUAAGCUAGCAUAGUGAUGAGGUAUAAAUGACUUUAUUCUAAUUGGAUAACUAAGGAACUUGUUCAGAUUUUAAAAUCCCUGCUUUUCAAUUGUACUGAAAUUGGAGCAUUAAUAUUUCUCUUUCCCUGAUGUGCUAUAGUGGAAUAUACUUAAUUUCAAGUGCC